AUGCUAGCUCCUCUCUUCCCCCGAGCAGCCCUUGCCACCAUCUGCAACACCAUCAUUCGCUCUUCUCUUCCCGACACGUUUCCCUUUGUCUCGGCACACUCAAGAACGCUUCCCCUUUCCCUUUCCAGCCUCUCUUCCCCCCCAGCAGCCCUCGCCAGUGACCCAUCAGCAGUGGCAUCAUUCGCCCUGACUCGCCGCAUCGCCAUCUCCCAGGCAAGUGCCACAUCGCCAUCUCACAGGCAAGUGCCACAUCGCCAUCUCCCAGGCAAGUGCCACAUCGCCAUCUCCAGGCAAGUGCCACAUCGCCAUCUCCCAGGCAAGUGCCACAUCGCCAUCUCCCAGGCAAGUGCCACAUCGCCAUCUCCACAGGCAAGUGCCACAUCGCCAUCUCACAGGCAAGUGCCACAUCGCCAUCUCCACAGGCAAGUGCCACAUCGCCAUCUCACAGGCAAGUGCCACAUCGCCAUCUCACAGGCAAGUGCCACAUCGCCAUCUCACAGGCAAGUGCCACAUCGCCAUCUCACAGGCAAGUGCCACAUCGCCAUCUCACAGGCAAGCAAGUGCCACAUCGCCAUCUCACAGGCAAGUGCCACAUCGCCAUCUCACAGGCAAGUGCCACAUCGCCAUCUCACAGGCAAGUGCCACAUCGCCAUCUCACAGGCAAGUGCCACAUCGCCAUCUCACAGGCAAGUGCCACAUCGCCAUCUCACAGGCAAGUGCCACAUCGCCAUCUCCCAGGCAAGUGCCACAUCGCCAUCUCACAGGCAAGUGCCACAUCGCCAUCUCACAGGCAAGUGCCACAUCGCCAUCUCACAGGCAAGUGCCACAUCGCCAUCUCCAGGCAAGUGCCACAUCGCCAUCUCACAGGCAAGUGCCACAUCGCCAUCUCACAGGCAAGUGCCACAUCGCCAUCUCACAGGCAAGUGCCACAUCGCCAUCUCCCAGGCAAGUGCCACAUCGCCAUCUCACAGGCAAGUGCCACAUCGCCAUCUCACAGGCAAGUGCCACAUCGCCAUCUCACAGGCAAGUGCCACAUCGCCAUCUCCAGGCAAGUGCCACAUCGCCAUCUCACAGGCAAGUGCCACAUCGCCAUCUCACAGGCAAGUGCCACAUCGCCAUCUCCCAGGCAAGUGCCACAUCGCCAUCUCCCAGGCAAGUGCCACAUCGCCAUCUCCCAGGCAAGUGCCACAUCGCCAUCUCACAGGCAAGUGCCACAUCGCCAUCUCCCAGGCAAGUGCCACAUCGCCAUCUCACAGGCAAGUGCCACAUCGCCAUCUCCCAGGCAAGUGCCACAUCGCCAUCUCACAGGCAAGUGCCACAUCGCCAUCUCACAGGCAAGUGCCACAUCGCCAUCUCACAGGCAAGUGCCACAUCGCCAUCUCCCAGGCAAGUGCCACAUCGCCAUCUCACAGGCAAGUGCCACAUCGCCAUCUCACAGGCAAGUGCCACAUCGCCAUCUCACAGGCAAGUGCCACAUCGCCAUCUCACAGGCAAGUGCCACAUCGCCAUCUCCCAGGCAAGUGCCACAUCGCCAUCUCCCAGGCAAGUGCCACAUCGCCAUCUCACAGGCAAGUGCCACAUCGCCAUCUCACAGGCAAGUGCCACAUCGCCAUCUCCCAGGCAAGUGCCACAUCGCCAUCUCCCAGGCAAGUGCCACAUCGCCAUCUCACAGGCAAGUGCCACAUCGCCAUCUCACAGGCAAGUGCCACAUCGCCAUCUCACAGGCAAGUGCCACAUCGCCAUCUCACAGGCAAGUGCCACAUCGCCAUCUCACAGGCAAGUGCCACAUCGCCAUCUCACAGGCAAGUGCCACAUCGCCAUCUCACAGGCAAGUGCCACAUCGCCAUCUCACAGGCAAGUGCCACAUCGCCAUCUCCCAGGCAAGUGCCACAUCGCCAUCUCCCAGGCAAGUGCCACAUCGCCAUCUCACAGGCAAGUGCCACAUCGCCAUCUCACAGGCAAGUGCCACAUCGCCAUCUCCCAGGCAAGUGCCACAUCGCCAUCUCCCAGGCAAGUGCCACAUCGCCAUCUCACAGGCAAGUGCCACAUCGCCAUCUCACAGGCAAGUGCCACAUCGCCAUCUCACAGGCAAGUGCCACAUCGCCAUCUCACAGGCAAGUGCCACAUCGCCAUCUCCCAGGCAAGUGCCACAUCGCCAUCUCCCAGGCAAGUGCCACAUCGCCAUCUCACAGGCAAGUGCCACAUCGCCAUCUCACAGGCAAGUGCCACAUCGCCAUCUCACAGGCAAGUGCUACAAUCGCCAUCUCCCAGGCAAGUGCCACAUCGCCAUCUCCCAGGCAAGUGCCACAUCGCCAUCUCACAGGCAAGUGCCACAUCGCCAUCUCACAGGCAAGUGCCACAUCGCCAUCUCCCAGGCAAGUGCCACAUCGCCAUCUCCCAGGCAAGUGCCACAUCGCCAUCUCCCAGGCAAGUGCCACAUCGCCAUCUCACAGGCAAGUGCCACAUCGCCAUCUCGCAGGCAAGUGCCACAUCGCCAUCUCGCAGGCAAGUGCCACAUCGCCAUCUCACAGGCAAGUGCCACAUCGCCAUCUCACAGGCAAGUGCCACAUCGCCAUCUCCGAGGCAAGUGCCACAUCGCCAUCUCCCAGGCAAGUGCCACAUCGCCAUCUCCCAGGCAAGUGCCACAUCGCCAUCUCACAGGCAAGUGCCACAUCGCCAUCUCACAGGCAAGUGCCACAUCGCCAUCUCACAGGCAAGUGCCACAUCGCCAUCUCCCAGGCAAGUGCCACAUCGCCAUCUCACAGGCAAGUGCCACAUCGCCAUCUCACAGGCAAGUGCCACAUCGCCAUCUCACAGGCAAGUGCCACAUCGCCAUCUCACAGGCAAGUGCCACAUCGCCAUCUCACAGGCAAGUGCCACAUCGCCAUCUCCCAGGCAAGUGCCACAUCGCCAUCUCCCAGGCAAGUGCCACAUCGCCAUCUCACAGGCAAGUGCCACAUCGCCAUCUCACAGGCAAGUGCCACAUCGCCAUCUCACAGGCAAGUGCCACAUCGCCAUCUCCCAGGCAAGUGCCACAUCGCCAUCUCCCAGGCAAGUGCCACAUCGCCAUCUCCCAGGCAAGUGCCACAUCGCCAUCUCCCAGGCAAGUGCCACAUCGCCAUCUCCCAGGCAAGUGCCACAUCGCCAUCUCCCAGGCAAGUGCCACAUCGCCAUCUCCCAGGCAAGUGCCACAUCGCCAUCUCCCAGGCAAGUGCCACAUCGCCAUCUCACAGGCAAGUGCCACAUCGCCAUCUCCCAGGCAAGUGCCACACAUGCUUCUAUGUGACAUGUUUCCCAUGCUUGACUAUCAAUUCCCCCAAUUAA